CCGCCCCCGGGGGUGGGAGCCGCGAGCCGAAGCUAGGGUUGCUGUCGGACUCGUUGAAUGUCACAAAGCUGCUGAGUGAAGGAGUGCGAAACACCGGGACGGAGGCAGAAGCACACACCGUGCGCCCGCCCUCCACUUCCGCGUCUACAGCCGCCCUCCUGCGGGACCCCGCGGGCGACCUGCCGAGCCGAGCCCUCACAAGCCCCCCGAACGAGUCCUGCCCUGGCCAGCCCAGUCCAGAGCGCCCGGCCGGCCGGGGGGACAAAGCGCCAGCCGGCCCGCGCGUCCCGUCAGCCCUGAGCCCGCGCACGCAGCCCUGAGCCCGGCCGCUCGGGCCACGCCGCCAGUCCCAGAAGAAGGGAGGGCGCCCUGCUGAUUUAAAGUACAUCCCGUCUGAGCCCAGCCACGGGCUGACGGAGGGCACGGGGCUGCCCAAAGUUUGCGGGAAGAGAGCAGCCACCUGCUUUGUGGAUGUCCCUGCAGGGAGCAGAAGAGCUGGGCGGGAAAGUCGACCAAAUUGUCUCUGUUCAAAGAGUUUGCAGCCUUAUAAAACCUUUUGCGAUUGGAAUCAUGCCACUGGUUUUUGCCACAUGAUAAUAGCAGCUAUUUGAGACUCCAGCCUUCUCCCCAUUGGGUUGUUGUUAUUUUUUUCCAGCAGCCCCUUCCUCCCCUCACCCAGUGGGACCAAAGGACCAGUUACCAGGGCCCACGGCCAGGUGCUGAGACAACAUGGACAAAUAUGAAGACUUGGGCCUUGAGGCCAGUAAAUUUAUUGAGGACCUCAACAUGUAUGAGGCAUCUAAGGAUGGCCUGUUCCGAGUGGACAAGGGAGCCAGCAACAACCCUGAGUUUGAGGAGACCAGGAGGGUGUUUGCGACCAAGAUGGCCAAGAUCCACCUUCAGAAGCAGCAGCAGUUGCUGCAGGAGGACCUGCUGCAGGGGAGUAGUGGCUCCCUCAAUGGAGGUGGCCGGUUGGCCCCCCAGAUCCCCUCUGCAGGAGCCUUCGUUCACCGGGAGGCAGGGGGGAGCACUAAGCUAUCCCCGGGGGAUGGAGCUGCUAAACCCCCUCUUGCUGCAUCGUCCUUGGCUUCUGGGGCUGGCCCAGCAGGACCAGGCCCUGUGAGUCAGCUGGCCUUUCAAAGUCAGUCACACUCAUCUCUGCCACCAGGUCAGCGGGCCAGAUUGCAGCCUGAGGGCCAGAAGAGAGCUAGCCAGGACUUUAGUUAUGGCAAUGGAACUGGGAAUUCCUCAGCCUCUGGUUUGCAGGGGCUAGAUUCCAGGGGCACUGGUGGUAUGGGCCCUACUCAGGGGGGCUUUCUCUUCUCUUUCUCAUGGAGAUUACUAUGACAACUAUCCUGAGCAGAAGUG